AUGGCCAUGGUGGUUAAACGAAGAGAUUAUGGAUUUGUACAAAAGGGAUUCUCGACCCUUCCUCGUCAAAAGCUGCACACCGAACUCCACAAUGGCGUUGCGGGUGGAGAUGAUGGUGCGGUGGACCGAAAAGUACCCCAACCUACCCUGCACAUCAUCCUGGGCCGCGAUGGUGUUAGCCACGUCAAAUCACUCCCUCUGAUAUGA